AAAGCCAUGAGGGAUAGUCGGGCUGCUAGUGAAAGGAACCUCCUCGACUUACAAUAGUUUUGUUAAAUCCUUGUACUGAAGAAAGCACUCGGAAUCCAGCUGGUGAGACAGUAAUUCAUUAAGUGGAAAAAGGAGGCAGAAGGCUUGGGAAGAUCCAUCUUGUCUCUCUUUGUCUCGUGUGUCUGAGUUACUGUGAAAUGACAGGGACCAGAAUCUGGAUUCUGGAUGGUGCAGAGUGGAGGAAAAUCCGAGAACUAUGUGGGGUGUGUUUUGAUGGCGGUUUCCCAGGAAGGAUGCUUUCCUGCAGGUGUGAUUUCAGGUGAAUGGAUGUGUUCUUAAGACUGGUCUUUAGAAUUGGUAGGAGACAGAGCAGCGAGGGGGUGAGGAUUCUGUACAGGAGGAAGGAGCUAGAAUCCUGCAGGAAACUUCUCGUUCUUCCUGAGCUGGCUGCGGCACACCCUCUGGAUGGCACACCCUUCUCUGGAGUCCAGCUCAGCCCACGAACUCCUGGGAGGAACGCCAGGCCACCAGCCUUUCCUCGGAGGAGUGGAUGUCACCCUUCAGUGUGCCCAGCCACCUUGCGAAGAAAAGCUGAACUCUUAGCUCUAAGGUUUGUGCCUGUUAAUGACCUGGGAACAGACUGAGUUCAUGGAUCCUCACCACAUGGUUGAAGACAACCAAGUGGCACACCCUCAGGACCCUCACCACCCCUCAGAGAAGCCAGUCAUUCACUGCCAUAAAUGUGGGGAGCCGUGCAAGGGUGAAGUACUUCGGGUCCAGACCAAACAUUUCCACAUCAAAUGUUUCACCUGCAAAGUGUGCGGCUGUGACCUGGCACAAGGCGGCUUCUUCAUAAAGAACGGCGAGUACCUGUGCACCCUGGACUACCAGAGGAUGUAUGGGACGCGAUGCCACGGCUGCGGGGAGUUCGUGGAGGGAGAGGUGGUGACCGCCCUGGGCAAGACCUACCAUCCGAACUGCUUUGCGUGUACCAUCUGCAAGCGACCGUUCCCACCCGGAGACCGAGUCACGUUCAAUGGGAGAGACUGCCUUUGUCAACUGUGUGCGCAGCCCAUGUCGCCCAGCCCCAAGGAAGCCUCCUCCUCCAGCAACUGUGCCGGCUGCAGAAGGGACAUCAAGAAUGGGCAGGCGCUGCUGGCCCUGGAGAAGCAGUGGCACUUGGGGUGCUUUAAAUGCAAGUCCUGCGGGAAGGUCCUCACCGGGGAGUACAUCAGCAAGGACGGCGCUCCGUACUGUGAGAAGGACUACCAGGGGCUCUUCGGGGUGAAAUGUGAGGCCUGUCACCAGUUCAUCACAGGCAAAGUCCUGGAGGCAGGUGACAAACACUACCACCCCAGCUGUGCACGAUGCAGCAGGUGCAACCAAAUGUUCACAGAAGGAGAGGAAAUGUAUCUUCAAGGUUCCACCGUUUGGCAUCCCGACUGUAAGCAAUCUACCAAGACCGAGGAAAAGCUGCGGCCGCCAAACACUCAUCGCUCUUCCUCCGAUUUCUUUUGUCCCAAAAGUCUGAUUCGACGCACAGGACGGUCUCCGUCUCUGCAGCCUACCAGGACUUCCUCUGAAAGCAUUUAUUCUAGACCAGGCUCCAGUAUUCCUGGCUCUCCGGGUCAUACUAUCUACGCAAAAGUGGACAAUGAAAUCCUGGAUUAUAAGGAUUUAGCAGCCAUUCCCAAGGUCAAGGCAAUAUACGAUAUUGAACGUCCAGAUCUUAUUACCUAUGAGCCUUUCUACACUUCGGCCUAUGAGGACAAACAGGAGAGGCAGAGCCUGGGAGAGUCUCCAAGGACUUUAUCUCCUACUCCAUCUGCAGAAGGCUACCAGGACGCCCGGGACCAGGUGAUCCACCGGUCCACCAGCCAGGGCUCCAUCAGCUCCCCCGUCUACAGCCGCCAUAGCUACACUCCGACCACGUCUCGCUCUCCCCAGCAUUUUCACAGACCUGAGCUGCUGUCUCCUGGUGUGCACCUGCGCACCAGCAGCCUCAGCUCCGCCCACAGCGACUCCCGCCCCAACUCCCCCUUCCGACACCACUUCAUUCCCCAUAUCAAAGGCUGCCAGGGUUCAUGGAGCGGAGGAUGCUGCCUGCGUGGAAAGCCGAGAUGCACAUCACAGGCUGUCCCUCUAUUUCAUUGGCCUCUCCAUCCAUUUUCCGUAACGUCCAUCUUGUUUUCCGGCAAUGAGCCGUCCAGCGGCCGGAACUCCCCUCUCCCUUCCCGGCCAGACAGCCGCCCUGUCACUCCAACUUACGCUCAGGCCCCUAAACAUUUCCAUGUUCCAGAUCAAGGGAUCAACAUUUACCGAAAGCCACCCAUCUACAAACAGCAUGAUGCAGCUGCCUUGGCAGCCCAGAGCAAGUCUUCAGAAGACAUCAUCAAGUUUUCCAAGUUCCCAGCAGCCCAAGCUCCAGAUCCCAGCGAGAUACCAAAGAUUGAGACGGAUCACUGGCCUGGGCCCCCCUCACUUGCCGCCAUAGGAGCCGACACGAGACGCAGAUCUAGUGGCAGAGAGGAAGAUGACGAGGAGCUUCUGAGGCGCCGACAGCUGCAAGAAGAGCAGUUAAUGAAGCUCAACUCAGGCCUGGGCCAGUUGAUACUGAAAGAAGAGAUGGAGAAGGAGAGCCGAGAGCGGUCAUCCCUGUCGGCCAGUCGCUAUGAUUCUCCCAUCAACUCAGCUGCACAUGCCCUGUCAUCCAAAACCUCAUCUCUCCCAGGCUAUGGAAAAAAUGGGCUUCACCGGCCUGUCUCCACAGACUUUGCUCAGUACAAUAGCUAUGGGGACGUCAGCGGGGGAGUCCGAGACUACCAGACCCUCCCUGAUGGCCACAUGUCCGGGACAAGAAUGGAUCGGGGAGUGUCUAUGCCCAACAUGUUGGAACCAAAGAUAUUCCCAUAUGAAAUGCUGAUGGUGACCAACAGAGGGCGCAACAAAAUCCUGAGAGACGUGGACAGAACCAGGCUGGAGCGCCACUUAGCCCCAGAAGUGUUUCGGGAAAUCUUUGGGAUGUCCAUACAGGAAUUUGACAAGUUACCACUUUGGAGACGCAACGACAUGAAGAAGAGAGCGAAACUCUUCUAGGCCCCUCCCCCCACCGCACCGUGUAGUUGGCAGGUAGAAAAAGGACUGACGUGGCCGUGACACCUAGGAUGUGUUGAGACCCAAACUUGAUUGGAGAAUUUGCAAACUACUGUCCCUCAGGAAUGAUGAGAGGGGAAACCUGAUAAAAACACCCGCGAGCCAAAUUUGGGCCUGCCCACCACCGGCAACACUUGCCCAGCAGCCACAGGGUAGAAAUUUCUGUGUUCCCCACACUCAUGACCUUUUUACAUCACCUUAUGUAUACCACAGGAGCAAUUCUUUCAUUUCCUUUACCUGUUGUCUAACCAUAGUGCUGACUGGAUGGGGAAGAGCCAGCAAGUGCCCUUAAGAUGCCGCAUGGAAAAAAAACCCAAAAAGCAGCUGUCAUAAUCCAGAGGCAGGAACAUAUUCGUGGAUGUGGCGUUGUGGCCGAGAAGGAAGAGCCUGAGGGACGUAUCCGUGUGGGCACACCACCCUGCACACCCCUGUCCUCAGUGGCCUCACGAGGCCUGCCCCGCGCCCCCCCGCCCCCAACCCGGCAGGAUAGAAAUCAGGGUCCGGGCACCGGGCAGCUGUUUGACAGGUUGAGAGUCAUUUUUAACAUGCUCCUUUUUCUCUGCUGUUUGCUAGGACCUGGUGGGCAAAUUACUUAGCUAUUACUUUUAAAAAAAUGUUAAGAGAAAGAGAGGGAAAUGGAAUGGAAGGACUCUUUAUCUCCCUUACUUCUGUCCCUGCUUCAGGCUGUGGGGCUCGUGCUGCCUCCCUACCACGGCCAGCCGCUGUCCCAGGCCCCCGCCACCAGGAAAGGAGCGAGAGAGACCCAGUUGUGUGCUGUGAGAUGCGCUUUGCCCGAGGGGCCACAGCACUUGACAAACAAAAAAAAAAGAAAGAAAGAGAAAAAAAGAAACGUGUCCCGCCAGCCAACGCUAGUUCUUCCGCCCCGCACCCUCUGCUCCUUACGCAGCGCCCUCUGAGUCCCAUCAAGCGCACCCGGGGUCUGGGGCGUGGUAUUUGAGGUCUUUUCAGUAGGAGGCUAAGGAAAGGCGUGCAGUUCUCUUUACAGUCUCUGCAGCCCCAGGGUAUGCUGCCUCGGAUUGAUUUAAUUUGGCCUUUUCAGCUUUCCUACUCUGCCCAGCUCUGUCGACCUCAUGGUGUGUGGGAGGUGGGUGUGCAUGGGUGUGUGUGUGUGCAUGCGUGCGUGUGUGUAAGCAAAUGCACCCAGGGUGGUUUGGGGAGUCUGUACGCACGUGUGUAUUUCAUUUCUGCUCGAAUGUUGGUCCGGCUGUGCUGCAGCUUUGAAGGAAUGUUUGCACACGUGCGCAUGACUCAAAGGUCAGGAGGGAGACUCAGCCGCACCCAGUAAGGCAUCCUUCUUGGAAGGGUGCUGGUGUCAGAAGCCAGCCUACAUCAUGGUGGAGGUGGCCCGGAUCAGCAGCACACUGAGGAGGACACAGACCUCGGAUCAGGCUGGAUGUGGAGCUCAGAGCAUCACAUCAGAGUCCACCGAUGCAGCAGCACAAGUUUUAAAGCGGAGACUGGCGUUUCACUGAAACACACAUGUAAGACCCCAUCGUGAUUCCCGGAAGCUUCCGGCUGUGGCUCAAAUGAGACACGAGUCAGAUGAGGGAGGGUCUCUCCAGCUCCACGCACAGGAGGUUUCCACAUUUAUUCUCGUGCAUCAGGGCGCUGCCUAGGAAUUGAAGCUCUGUUUUAAAGCUAGAGGAGAAAUCAUUCGAAUUCUCUUCCUGUGCCUCUAAUAACAAAAGCUCAGAAAUUCCUCCUGCCAGCACCAAGUAUUUGAACGAGUUAGUAACUGACCCAGUGGCACAAAGCAAGUAAAAUAGUCCCAGGACCCGUACUGCGAACCUCUAGCUUGUGACACACUCCGUCACCUGGGUGCCGUGCUGAGCUCUGGGCCUGCCUGAUAGCACUCUCCUGCGCUCUUCCCGAAGGAUCUAAGCUGCCUGCCCUUUCAGUGCUAGACACGGAAUGUUUGAGGGCUGUUCUCACAAAUAGGAACGUGUGUGUGCGUGCGUGCGUGUGUGUGUUGAACCUACUAACGUUUUGCAAGUGGUUCUGAUGGAGUAGAUGAAAGAGGAACCGUUCCUCCUUGGUCUGAAGCCCCCAGAUCGCAGCUCGCAGUUUGGUGCCUCUUGCUUCAUUCAGUAUUUCCGCCGCCCUGUCAUCUCUCUGAGGUCUGCUCCGGCAGCCUCAGGCCGCGUACCCUAGUCCUUGCUUUGCCCUGGCCCCGUGUGAGGAGUGAAGACCAUGGCGUAUUCCCAGGAAUCAGUAACAAGGAUGGCCAAAUGGGUCCCCAUACUAGGCCAGUGGAGAAAAUCUUUUUCAUUAUGGGGAUUACAAAAGACCCUCAGUGUUUUCAUUGGUUGAUGAAUUAUGACCCAGGCGCAUGCACAUCAAAUGUCUGUGAGGAAAGUUGCGAUGGUAGUCAAAGAUCUGAACCAAAUCUGCUCCCACCAAUGAAACUCUGCUUCUGUUAUAGCUGUCAUUCAAUUCUGCAUCCAACCUGGGGAGUGGGGGUGGGAAGCUUCUUUCCAUAUCAAGUGUACUAGCUCAUUUAAAUGACACCCAUGCAAAAAUGCAUUACCAGACAGAGUCUGUAGCCUCCUGUCUGUGGGCAGAGCAGUGCUGUGCUCUGGGGAGGGAUCGUGGAAAACCGUAAUGUGGAGUGGGUUCCCCAACUCCGGUCCCUGCGAAGACGCCAGCUGGAGGGAUGGGCCAUGGGGCCACCCAGUUCACCUAACUGCCAAAUCUCAUAUAUGGGCUACGAUGGCCUAUCCAUUUUUUUUUAAACUGGGCUCAGCAUGCUUGUCCUAGCACGUCCAGGCCACUACGCAGGACAUCAGCGUUCUCUGCUUGAACCCCACGCUGCCCCGCAUAUAAAAAGUCCACGUGUGAACACAGCCAAAUGAACAGGAGUGUUCACUCUAGGGAAGGACUUCUACACCUGGCAGACUUUCCAGGCACACACCCCAAGGGCUACAUGUUUGAGUGUCGGGCCAAUUUGCGAUUCCUUAAGCACACCGAUUGCAUGAAGCAAAAGAGACCACUGCCGACAUGAAAGUCAGUGCUUCCUUUACGGUUCCUCCCAGGGGAGCCAGGAGACCAUUUAGUCUUCCUGUGUGGUAUAAGACGAGGCGUGAAGAUCAUUUGGGAACUUGUAUAGCCCGCUGUGCAUCCACAUUUUGGUUUGGUUAGUUAGGAAAUGUUUUCGAUGUGACUUCUUCAAUAACUAACAAUAAACUGCCUGUUCUCUGCAACCUCACAAAGAAAAGCCAGAGUUCGUGGGUAAUAUGGCGCACACUCUCUGUGCAGCUCACAGUCUCAAACUGGUUGCACCCAUCAACUCUGCCUAGAGAAGUCUUGCUGGAAAUGUUUAUAAAACUUUCACCUAAUUUCUUUACACUUGAAAGCAAACACCUUUUUCUAAAGAAUUGCUUCUCAGAUGAUUAUAUAAAAUAUAUACGCUUUUGCAAGUUACAAAAAUUCGAGUUAACCACUUUUGACUAGGUAGGUCUUUCUAAAAACUCUUUCAAAAAGCUUGGUGUUCACGUCCUGCGCGUCGAAGGGGCAGGUGAGCCCUCUCUCUGACGGUCAGGGAAGAUGGUGGAAGGGAAGGAGCUCCAUGUCAUCCCCCUUCUGUGUUCUCCGGGGCAAGCUCAAUUUUUACAAAUUGCGUCUUCUCUAUUCCUGGUCACUGUGUAAUCUACGCUUCCUAGGCCAGCCUUGACAUUAUGUUCCUUGAUCUUUAAAAUUAUUUUCUUUUGAUAAACCAAGUGUUUGUGAGUAAGCCCUACACCUCACUCAAGAGUACUCCCUUUUGAAGAAUGUUCUAUUAAAAAAAGGAUGAUUUCAGGCUUGAGAUUUAUAGUUGACCCCACCUUAGAGUGUAAUGUACGUUAAGGAAACCACCCAACUGUGUUGUAAGGAAAGAAAGUGAAACUCUUACUUUGGCUUUUUUAAAAGAAAAAUCACUUUCCAUUUGCUCCCCCGGAAGCAAUGAGGUGAUGGAUAUGCUUUGCGUAUGGAUUUUUGUGUCUUCAUUUGGGCAAGUUUAAUUUACGGCAAACUCAAAAAGAAAGGGGGAGGUGAUCCUUUUAAGCUGAAAGAAAUUUUCUAAACAGUAUAUGCAUACCUAACAAAAUUAAAUGGAACGUUUUCUGAUGCUUGAUGUAAUCGACUGGCAAUUGUUACCGUUAAAUAAAAUUCUUCCAAAAACGUCGCUCUCAAGAGUGAAGAUCCCAUGAGUCACUUUUGGAACCCAUUCACCAAAGGUAGCAGGAGACAUACUACUUACAUCACCAUUCAGAAAGGUGGAGAGCCACUUAAUGAUGGAACAUGCCUAUGUUUCUUUAUCCUGCGGAAGAGAAAACAGUUGUCCACGAUGUUGAUGUUCGUUUUGGGUUCUGUGUACAAACGCGUCCGGUAACGUGUGUGGUUUCUGUGAGUUGCCGACACUCCUGCAUCAAAUCUCAUACCAUCCUUUCCUUUUAAGUUUGGUUUAAUGGAAAAAAAAUUUUUUUUUUGCUAGUGUCAAAAGAUGUCCAGUUCUUCCUUCCCUCCCCUUUCAGAAAUAUGAAAGUGAAUAUUUGGAAGAACUGCUGUUGGAAAGAUGUGUCGUGUCCCCCAUGAAAGUGAGUGGGUGUCCGUCUGCACCCCGAUUACCACCUACUAGUGUGCAGAGGCGGGGGCGGCCAGCCGGCCCCACGUUGCUGUGCUUUACGGCCCCGACCUGUCCCACGCUCCUGUCGCAACCAGCACUCGCCGUUUCCCCCCACCCCGUACUCUGCGUCACUGUUGUACACUCACCACUCAGUGAAUAAAGUGUGCGCUUUAUUCUGUUCAUAAA